AUGGCAGAUACCGCAGUAGCAUCCGAAACUCCAGCUCCGCUACACCGGCGAAGAAACCGAAAGCGGCAGCGGCCGCAGCGGCCGCCGCCGCGCCGCGCAGCGGCUGGAUCGAAGAAACCUAAGGCUAAACCUACGCAUCCUAAAACCGCUGAAAUGGUCAACAACGCCAUUAAAGAGUUGAAGGAGCGCAGCGGUUCAUCGUUACAGGCCAUCAAGAAAUACAUCGCCGCUCAAUACAAAGUCGAUACAGAGAAAUUGGCACCGUUCAUAAGAAAAUAUCUUAAGAGCGCCGUCGAAUCCGGUGCCCUGAUACACAAAGGGAAAGGGGCUGCAGCAUCUUCGGCAUCGGCUAAAUCUAAGAAAGCCGCCGCCACGGCAUCGGCAGUGGCCGCGAAGGGAGGUAAGAAAGGCGGUACCGCAGCUUCGUCCGCUGCGUCUUCACCAUCUAAAGCUAAAGCAUCGGCGGCGGCGGCUAGGGAUAAGAAAGCGGCCGCAGCCGCAGCCGCGGCUGCCAAAAAGAAGCCAGCUGCUGCUAAGAAAGGAGCAGCAUCCAAGGCCAAGAAGAGCGCCAAACCUCCCACUAAGAAACCAAAAGCACCGAAACCGAAGAAAGCAGCCGCCGGUACCCCGAAAUCGAAACCCGCAGCUAAGAAAGCAGCAGCAGCGAAAAAGUAAUAAUUUUUUUUUUAAUAUUACUUUAUCUAUCGCGUAAAUCAGCGACGGCGGCGGCAGCAUCGGCACCGUGAGUUUGAGCGUCAUCUUCGAUUCCGUUCAAUGAUGAUGAUGAUGAUGAUGAUGAUGUUGAUACGCGGGACCCGGGGGUUGUUGUUGUUGUUGUUGAUAUUAGUGUGUUUGUAUAUUUGAAUAUCAAAGUCGUCGUAUAGAAUUACGAUAGAAUCGAAAAUUAUUAUUAUAUUGAUAUAAUAAUAAUAAUAAUAAUAAUAAUAAUAAUGAUCAUCAUAACAACUUGAUUCAAUUGGAAAUUGUCAAGCCGAAUGUACAUAGGUAAUUAAUUAUGUUCAGUUUUUGUGUGUGAAACAUUCUUAAAUAUCAUCGAUAUCACACACACACACGCCCACGCACACACACACCGACGGCAUC